UCACAUGCAGGAAGUACCACAAAACGAACUAAACAAUAAAUCUGUUUACUUACCACACCAUGCAGUCGUGCGAACUGAAAAGGAAACGACAAAAACCCGCGUUGUUUUUGAUGCAUCGUGCAAGGGCUCAAACAAUAUAUCGCUCAAUGAUGAACUGAUGAAUGGACCUGUCCUGCAAGAAGAUCUUAGAAGUAUCAUCAUGAGGUGGAGAAUGCACAAGGUCUGUUUUGUGAGCGAUAUAGAGAAGAUGUACAGAAUGAUUCUCAUUCAAAAAGAAGACGCCGACUUCCAGAGAGUAUUGUGGAGACAGAAUACUUCAAUAUCUGACGAGGUCAAACACUACCGGCUACUUACAGUCACAUUUGGGACAGCAUCAGCGCCCUAUCUCGCUAUAAAAACACUAAUGCAGCUGUCAGAAGACGAAGGUGAAGACCAUCCUAUUGCCAAGAGAAUUAUACGCGAAGACUUCUACGUUGACAAAACAUGUUGGACUUGACAUUUUCUAUCGACCAUUUUGUUACCAUGUUUCUGAGCAAAUAAAUGAUUUAUUAUUAUUAUUAUUAUUGAUGAUGUGAUGUACGGGUGUGAUACUGUCAAAGAAGCCAUAGAGGCAAGCAAGCAAUUGAAGACUGUACUAAGCAAGGGAAAAUUCAGAUUACAAAAAUGGUGUUCAAACAGUCCUGAAUUUCUAAAAUCUCUUGAUGAAGGAGAAAAGUCAGCCAAAGCACA